AACCAUAAAAAGUCAUUCUGAGAUACUUCGCUACUGAAUACAUACAACGAAUAUCUCCAAAGAGCUCUCACAUAAUGGGUUUCCUAUUGUACCUCCAAAUCGCCAACAUAGCCUUUCAUCUCCUCUUCAAACUCGUCAAACAAAAAUUCACAGCCCUCAUUCACCAUUUCACGUACCGCGCAACCUCGCAUCCAAAAAAUAUCCUCAUCGUAGGCGGUUCAUUUUCUGGAAUGCAAUUAGCGAGGCUCCUUUCCACAUCCAUACCUUCCGGAUACAAAGUUAUGCUUGUAGAAAAAAAUACACACAUGCAUUAUUGUUUUGCCUUUCCGAGAUUCAGCGUGCUGGACGGUCAUGAAUAUAAAGCUUUUAUUCCUUAUGAGGGAUUGUUGAGAUGUGCGCCGGAAGGAGCGAUUUCUAUUGUUCGUGGGGAGGCUGUUGAUAUUCAUAAGAAUUAUAUUGAGCUUGCGUCAAAUGAGAAAAUUGCUUAUGAGUACCUUGUUAUUGCAACGGGUGUAUCGCAGCCUGCGCCGGCUCGACUAUCCGCGACGGAUAAAAUAGGUGGUGAAAGCGAGUUGCGUAGCUGUCAAAAAGCUAUCCAGGCCUCUUCAAAAAUUGCAGUCAUUGGUGGUGGUGCAGUGGGAGUCGAGCUCGCAACUGAUAUCAAAAGUUUCCUGCCGAAUAAGAACGUGACGUUGAUUCACUCUCGAGAUCGUUUACUUGUUAGAUUUGGACCACAGCUGCAUGAAGUGGCUUAUGAGCGACUUCAGGAGCUGGGAGUGAAAGUUCAUUUCAAUGAACGCCCUUCGUUGCCUAAUAUUAAACCGUUCAUACCAUCGGAGACAGAGAUUGUAUUUAGGGAUGGUCAAGUUGAGACUUUUGAUCUUGUGAUAUCAUGCACAGGACAAAGUCCAAACUCCAGCCCACUCAAAACCCUUUUACCAAACACAAUCACAGAAGAUGGUUUCAUCCGUGUAGAACCAACAUUGCAAGUCAAAGCCGAAGAUGAAAAACACGGAAAUAUAUUUGCUAUAGGAGAUGUUGCAGCUACCAACGGUCCAAAGAUGGCAUUCGCAGGCAUGGCACAGGCGGAGGUUGCUUGUUCCAAUAUCCUUUCUUUGAUUCGAGGAUAUCGGAAUACACUUCAACCGUACAUUCCAACCUUUAUCGAGGGAAAGACUAAACUGAGUCUUGGAAAAGACCGCGGGGUGUUUUUCAUGGAGAAUGAGAAUGAUUAUUUACUCAAAGUUUCCAGUCAUGAUACAACUGAUACGGAUGCUAAGAAAGUGUGGAAGUUCUUUGGAGCGGAUAUAAAAGAAUGGAAGAAUUAAGUUUAGCUGCUGUCUUGAGUUUAGCUUCUGUCUCAUUAUGUAGCGUUUUGAAAGAUCUUGCAUUCGUUCUCUAAUAGACAGAAUAUUCAUCAAAUCAAUUCCUUCGAGAACUUGCAUUCUCAGUCU